ACACACUGAACCACACAGCAGAACAGAACGCAAAGGUGCAAAAUACAACUCGAUCAUCACAAAAGGAAGUUCGCUUGGAAAAAUCUGCAUUCAUUCACUGCAAAGAUUGUCCAUUUUAGCGAACCAACGGAAACUCGCAACGUAAUCUUCACGUAGUGCCUAGCAGAGGUGGAAUAUUUGUAAGCUACCUUCGUCACGUUCAAAUUCAACAGUUGUGCGCAUUGAGCUGGAGAGAGAAAGGCAAACACAAGGAACAGCGCAAAAACAAAUCUCCAAAACAAGACCAUAAGCGCUCUUGUGUGUGUGUGUGUCGUUGCGAUUGCUAUUGGUUUGCGCGAUACUGUGCCAGUAGUGGAGAGUGUGGUGUGUGCUUUGUGUUUGAUAAACUUCUCGUCCGCGCAACCGUGUGUUUUUCUAUUUGUCCAAAACCUUAUCGUAAAAGGUAUCGCAAAAAUCGCGUAGUUAAAAGAACUACUGUAAACCUUCUCUUAGCCUAGCCAAGGCAAUUCCGUGUCCGGCUCGAGGGUGUCGUAUCAGAUAUAGCAUAGAACAAAAGCAGCGCGUAGUUUGGUGCGGAUUUUCAAGGUUAGCAGCAGGCAUUAGUACGCGGGGGCCCAAAUCCAACCACAAAUCGUUUACAUCGUAGCAAAAACUGUGCAGCACGCGACUUCUCUGCGGACGUGCGUAGCGUUUAACCAGCGGUUUGUGUUUAAAACCCCACUGAAGGAAAUUGCUUAUCGUAGAAAUCGCCCUGCUGCUUGCAUCAGCUGUUCCGAAAAAAGAAAAACGUCCUCCGUCAACACAGUUAGGCGAGCCGAUUACAACGAUAAUAAUAAUAACAUACAACGCCAUCCGUGCUGCGCCUCAUACACUUCCCAUCGUCCGCGUGGCCUUGGAACUGUGGUUCCGCUGCAAACACAAAUAUAACAAAGGAGUGCUUAGAAGGCUUUCGUGAAUCAGAAAGAAAUCCAACGUAUAGGCAUCGGCUACAUAGACGUCAUUCGACACACAGCGAUAUUCACAAAGAUUAUCCACGCGAGCUGAGCAAAGGAGGCACAGCCAGAGAAUAAACAAAGAACCAUUUCCCACCCGAGGCGAGUCUGUUUCUCUUGAAGCAAGCCAUGAGCCUACUGGCUAGGACUGAUAUAGAUGCUGGAGGAUUUUUUGUUAAUUUCAACCAGGAUUGCUCAUCCUUAGCGGUUGGUUCGAAGAAUGGAUACAGUUUGUUUUCGUUGAAUUCGGUCGACUCAAACCUGGACCAGAUAUACACGAGCUUGGGUGAGGACAUUUGUCUAGUUGAGCGACUUUUUAGCAGCUCUCUCGUUGCCGUCGUAUCACUAAACGCUCCGAGAAAGCUUAAGGUAUGCCACUUUAAAAAAGGAACGGAAAUAUGCAACUACUCGUACUCGAACACGAUUCUGGCGGUGAAGCUGAACCGGUCCCGGCUGGUCGUGUGUCUAGAGGAGAGUCUCUACAUACACAACAUACGGGAUAUGAAGGUUGUGCACACUAUACGCGAUACGCCACCAAACAAAACAGGACUGUGCGCGCUGGCUUCGGAUUCGGAUCACUGCUACCUAGCCUACCCGGGCAGCGCCACCGUCGGUGAGGUACAGAUCUUCGAUGCGGUUAAUCUGCAUGCAAAAAUCAUGAUCCCGGCCCACGAUUCACCGCUCGCGGCAAUAGCGUUCAGCCAAAUCGGUACGGAAAUUGCAACGGCCAGCGAAAAGGGCACAGUUAUACGGGUGUUUUCGGUAAGCGACGGUUCAAAGCUGUUCGAGUUUCGCCGGGGCGUCAAACGAUGCGUCUCGAUAGCGUCUCUGGCGUUUAGUACCUGUUCGAAGUAUCUUUGCUGCAGCUCGAACACGGAAACGGUACACGUGUUUAAGCUGGAGCGCGUUUCGCCGGAAACUAAUGACGACCAGGGUGCCGGGGAGGCUUGGUAUGGCAAAUUUAGCAAAGCGUUCGCAAAUUACUUGCCGCUGCCAACACAGGUGACGGACGUAUUUUCGCAAGGACGGGCGUUCGCAUCUGCCCUGCUGCCGGUGGCUGGACUAAGACAUUCCUGUGUCAUUACAACGAUUCAGAAAGCGCUCAGAAUGUUGGUAGCCUCCCAGGAUGGAUAUCUGUAUGUGUAUCAAAUACCGUCGGAAGGAGGCGAAUGUCAGCUCGUCAAAAAGCACGAUCUCAGAAACAUCGAACCACCACCGAAUCCGCCCAGGACGGAAUCAGUGCCAAUUGGUGUACCGACGGUAGUACCGUCCGGUGGGUCCAGCUAUGCUGCCACCGUGCGCGGUACGGCCGGCAGUAGUGCUGGCAGUGGUGCCGCCGGUUCGGUAGACGACGAUCAUCAUGACCAUUCGCAGCAGCAGCAGCAAUAGUACGCAGAUUUGUAAAUUUAAAAUAGAUCGGACUGAACUGAAUCGUUAUACACGGGGUGCGAUGAAGCUCGACGGAAUAACUCGCGGAUCAUGGUUUCCGGAAGCUCUCUUCAUGUUUACAGUUCCGCCGAAUUGGCUGUCACUGUUGUUGCUGCUCGCUAGCAACGGCAACGGAGCGUUUUCUCACCAAGCAAAACUGGACGUUCAAUUCUAGGUCUUUGGUUUUGCUUCGAUGUUUUCACGCUCGGUCCGGUGUCGUGCUAAAAGCUUAUUAUUCCCGGACAUAGAAUGAACACGUUGAUAUAACGAGAAACAGAUUUACACACAAAAAACAUAGCAUCAUACACGAGAGACGUAAAACAUACAAACACAUACUAUAUGACACUUGUAAACAGAUGUGGCUGCAACCACUCACAACCCAUUUAUUGGGAUUUCGAAGGCUGUAAGAGAGUUUGCGCCCAACUUAAUUGUGUACGCGUUGUGCGGAACAUAGAAGCAAAAGCGAUUAGUACUGACAGGUGUGUUCCGAUAGGUGGGAAGGGAUCUAGGCAUCAAUGUGAUAGAAAGGCGCAUAAAUCACACCCCUGACCGGGCAUAAAUAGUGAAAAGAAUAGUUACAGGUUCUGUUAAAUUCGAUGGGUCAACAUUCCUGAUCCCCAUCUUCUCCCAAUGUAUCCUCCGCUCGAUACUGCAGGUCAGCAAAAAUAUAGGUCCAUUUCUCUCAUAGAAGCAACGGAAAGGAAAGUUAAUCCGGUAGAAGUUAAAUGCAAUAUAUCACUAAUGUGGGACCCCAACUCAUACAUGGCUACGUUUAAUGGGCUUUUUUCCCUCGUUCCCGUGAACACGCAUACAUGCGUGUUUGUAAGUACAGAAUCAGAUUUCUUUCCGUUAUGAAGGGAACCCGUAGUGCAAGAAUUAAUUAGAAGGUUGAACCAUGUUUUUUUUAUGAUGUAGUGUUUUAAAGAAGAAACCAAACGGUGGGGUUAGCAAAACAAGUAAAAAACAAAGGUUCGCGAAAGAAAGAAACACAUCAAUGAAGAAAUCUUUCAUAUUGUUGGAGUCUGUAAGUAUAAAAGGCAAGAUACAAAAAAAAAGUAUAUUUGAGCGUAGGCUUUACCGGUGUAAGCAUAAGUAUGCCAAGCAAGCUGUCUAGUAGAAAGGAAUGGCCGACCGAUGCCAAUGGCCGAUCGGGAGCACUAGCACGGUGAUCAUUAUUAAGCGCCAAGAGUAGCGAGGAGAAGAUGACGUAUAUUAAUUAUCUGCUAGAGCAUUCAAUUCUAUUCGAAACUCUCCCGAACGUUUGACUUGCGCUGAAUCAUAACGCAGUGAAUAGAUCAGAAUUUAACUUGAUUUAUCCAUAGUGUUUAAGACCAAACAAAACAAUUGAUCAAUAAAAUCUUUCGAAAAAAACGAAGCAGAAUUAUUCCCUACCUUUAACCUUGCACAACACGGAGCAAAGUACCAGGCGUCUCCAUUCGUUCAAAAAAUUCCUAGCAAAAACGUAAGAUGAUUGUUAUGGUAACGGAAUGCGAAUCAAGCGAGCGUUACACGAUCGUAGCCAUCAUUGACUGUCAUAUUUUUGAUUCUGUGUGAAAGUAGCCAAAUUUCAGUCCAAAGUGUACACACCGCUCGGUUCGGUAUUCGGGAAAAACAUUUUAAGUGACGUGCUCAAUCGAAUUUACCGUUCUAACUUCGGAAAUGUUUCAACAGCCGCAACGUACAGCACCACGUGCGCUCACUAUGCACUUAAUGGCCAAGACAGGUUUUGGUUCGCCAUCAACACCAUACUCCGUACGAACGUGGAAUGCCCGACGCUUCGCAUAUAUGGAAAAGUCUGCAACGUACUUUCGUACCCUGCACCAGAGUGGAUCGGAACUCUCCAUCAAAUCCCUUCCGUCGGUGAAAUCUUCGAAAAGUGUUGAAACAGUUCCGGAAAAAGCGGACAUCCCACAGACAAGCAUUGUAAACGCGAUAACGGCGAUACAAUGGAAAAAUUGGAGAAGCAGCUUCACCCCAACAAAUGUGUUGCAAUUUUUCCAACACCUUCCAGCGAAUACAAUGGCGGCUUAUAUGAUGGUAAUAAACUCACGUGAAUACGAACUAGCACGUGGCAUCGUCCUGAAAACCUGCCAGCUAACGAUGCACAUCGGCAGGACGGCCUAUCUGUGGUUGGGAUUGUUUCUGGAAUCGCGCGAAUACUACUACUGCCGAUACUACACCUUGCUGUCGCUCGAAUACACCAUUAAAUGGAUGCGGUACGGCUUGCGCUCCAUGUUCGACUUAAUCCGUAGUUGGGCUGCUAAGAAUGGACCAUGAAUGAUCUGCAUCAAACGAAGGUAAAACAAUAAAAAACGCGAUUCGUUUUUUUUU